AUGUCUGCGUGUAUUUCUGCCUCUGUGACGCGCGCGCGAACGGCGCGCGCGCCCGCGGCUCGCCGCGCGGCGAGUAAGGCGCGGGCGUCGCCGCGCGCCGUCGCGGCGCGCGCGGGGGGCGUUGGUACGCCGUACACGACGUGGAUUCUCCAGCAAGAGAUGCAAGAGAACAUUGAUGGUGAAUUGGCGGUGGUUUUGUCCUCCAUCGGUCUCGCGUGCAAGCAAAUCGCGAGCCUCGUCCAGCGCGCGGGUCUCGCGGGCAUGACUGGUUUGGCGGGCGAGCAAAACGUGCAAGGCGAGGACCAGAAGAAGCUCGACGUCAUCUCCAACGAUGUUUUCUGCAACGUAUUGCGCCAAUCCGGCCGCACGGGCGUCAUCGCCUCCGAAGAAGAAGACGUUCCGGUCGCCGUCGAGGAAACGUACGGCGGUAACUACGUCGUCGUCUUCGAUCCGCUUGAUGGUUCCUCCAAUAUCGACGCCGCCGUCUCCACGGGAUCCAUCUGGGGUAUCUACGAGUCCGACUCCUCGUGUAUUCCCGACUUCGGCUCCGAUGACUCCGCCAAGGUUGAAGAGAAGUGCGUCAUGAACGUUUGCCAACCGGGCAGCAACUUGCUCUGCGCGGGUUACUGCAUGUACUCCUCGUCCACCAUCCUCGUCAUCACCAUCGGCCAAGGCGUGUUCGGUUUUACCCUCGACCCGACCGUCGGUGAGUUCAUCAUGUCCCACGAGAACAUCAAGGUUCCGGACUCUGGCAAGAUUUACUCUUUCAACGAAGGCAACUACGCCAUGUGGUCCGACGGUUUGAAGAAGUACAUGGACUCCCUCAAGACGGGCGGCAAGGACGGUGGCAAGCCGUACAGCGCCCGCUACAUCGGUUCGCUCGUCGGUGACUUCCACCGCACGAUCCUUUACGGAGGCAUCUACGGUUACCCGGGUGACGCGAAGAACCCGAACGGUAAGCUCCGCCUCCUGUACGAGUGCGCGCCGAUGUCCAUGAUCGCUGAACAAGCCGGUGGUAAGGGCUCCACCGGUGUCGCGCGUGUCCUGGACAUCGUUCCGGAAAAGGUUCACCAGCGCGUGCCGUUCUUCGUUGGCUCCAAGAACGAGGUUGCCUACUUGGAGUCCUUCAUGUGA